UUUUCACUUUAUAUGUUUUAUUCUGAUCUCGAGCGCGUCACGUGACCUCAUCGUCGCUCGAGUCACAAACAGAAAGAAAAAGUAAACGUGUAGAGUUGUUUCGCCAUCAGAAUCGAUGCUUCAACAGGAAUAUCAGUGUUAUUAUAGGAACCUUUGUAAAAGCUAAGUCAUGAAUUUACGUUUAGAUACUUGAUAGAAAAGGUGGAGGAGUUUUUUUUUUUUUUUUUUUUUUUUUUAAAUCUAUAUAUAAUUAAAUGUUGAUCAAGGUGAGUGCUCAGAUCAGAGACUUACAGGUGACUUCCGUAUUCUCUGAAGAACGUGAAUAGUUAAUUGAAAUGCGUUUUAUAUUUUUCAUUUUGAAGUAGAAUUAUAUUAUUUCGUGUUGUCUGUGGUUUAUUUUAGCAUUUGUGUUAACAUACGAUAACAUUGUGUAUUUGAGUGAACGCCACGUCUCUUGAUCCUGUCUGAGGAAAAGCGCAUGGCAGCUGAAUUAUUGUGUUUGUACAAGAUCUUCCAUCCAGAGUCAGUGUUGGAGAUCAGAUUCUGUUUCAACUGUUCAGAUUCAUCAUAGAUGACACACAAACAUCCAGAGAUGAAGAUUUUUCUCUAGGAUGCAGUUCAGUUUAUGGGAAGAGAUCAGAACCAGAGUCCAGCUGUGUGUCUAUGAGGAGUGACGAGUCUAUGGAUCAUCCAUUUAAUUUUAAGAGUGGAGAUACACAGACUGAUCUGAGGUCAUUUCAUCAGAAGAGAUCAGAACCAGAGUCCAGCUGUGUGUCUAUGAGGAGUGACAGGUCUAUGGAUCAUCCAUUACAUUUUAAGAGUGGAGAUACACAGACUGAUCUUCUCAGGUCAUUUCAUCAGAAGAGAUCAGAACCAGAGUCCAGCUGUGUGUCUAUGAGGAGUGACAGGUCUAUGGAUCAUCCAUUACAUUUUAAGAGUGGAGAUACACAGACCGAUCUUCUCAGGUCAUUUCAUCAGAAGAGAUCAGAACCAGAGCCCAGCUGUGUGUCUAUGAGGAGUGACGAGUCUAUGGAUCAUCCAUUUAAUUUUAAGAGUGGAGAUACACAGACUGAUCUGAGGUCAUUUCAUCAGAAGAGAUCAGAACCAGAGUCCAGCUGUGUGUCUAUGAGGAGUGACAGGUCUAUGGAUCAUCCAUUACAUUUUAAGAGUGGAGAUACACAGACUGAUCUUCUCAGGUCAUUUCAUCAGAAGAGAUCAGAACCAGAGUCCAGCUGUGUGUCUAUGAGGAGUGACAGGUCUAUGGAUCAUCCAUUACAUUUUAAGAGUGGAGAUACACAGACCGAUCUUCUCAGGUCAUUUCAUCAGAAGAGAUCAGAACCAGAGCCCAGCUGUGUGUCUAUGAGGAGUGACGAGUCUAUGGAUCAUCCAUUUAAUUUUAAGAGUGGAGAUACACAGACUGAUCUGAGUUCAGUUCAUCAGAAGAGAUCAGAACCAGAGCCCAGCUGUGUGUCUAUGAGGAGUGACGGGUCUAUGGGUCGGCAAUUACAUUUUAAGAGUGGAGAUACACAGACCGAUCUCAGUUCAGUUCAUCAGAAGAGAUCAGAACCAGAGCCCAGCUGUGUGUCGAUGAGUAGUGACGCGUCUAUGGGUCAUAAAAUACAUUUUCCGAGUGGAGAUACACAGACUGAUCUGAAUCAUAAAGUCCUCAACAGGUUUAUAUCAAAUCUGAUGAAGAAGUUUGAGUGUCUGUAUGAGGGAACAGCACAGCAGGGAAACCCAACACUCCUGAAUGAGAUCUACACAGAGCUCUACAUCACAGAGAGUGAGAGUGGAGAGAUCAGUAAUGAGCAUGAGGUGAGACAGAUUGAGACACAAUACAGGAGAGCAGAAACAGAGGACACACCGAUCCAAUGCAAUGACAUCUUUAGACCUUUACCUGGACAAGACAACCCCAUCAGAACUGUGCUGACAAAGGGAGUCGCUGGAAUUGGAAAAACAGUCUCUGUGCAGAAGUUCAUCCUGGACUGGGCUGAAGGGAAAGAGAAUCAGGACGUCCAGCUCAUAUUUCCACUUCCUUUCAGAGAGAUCAAUUUGAUGAAGGACAAAACACUCAGCCUUUCUGAUCUUCUUCAUGUCUUUUUCCCUGAAACAAAAGAAAUGGAAAUAUCCAGUGACAAAUAUAAAGUGUUGUUCAUCUUUGAUGGUCUGGACGAGUGUCGUCUGUCUCUGGAUUUUCAGAGCGAUGUGAGGUUGUGUGAUGUAAGUGAAUCAGCCUCAGUGGACGUGCUGCUGAUGAACCUCAUUGCGGGGAAUCUGCUUCCCUCUGAUCUUAUCUGGAUCACCUCCAGACCAGCAGCAGCUGAUCUCGUCCCCUCUGAGUGUGUCCAUCGAGUGACAGAGGUACGAGGAUUCAAUGAUCCACAGAAGGAGGAAUACUUCAGGAAGAGAAUCAGUGAUCAGAGUCUGGCCAAUACAAUCAUCAGACACCUGAAGUCAUCAAGGAGCCUCUACAUCAUGUGCCACAUCCCAGUGUUCUGCUGGAUCUCAGCCACUGUUCUAGAGAAGAUGUUGAGCAAAGCAGAGAGUGGAGAGAUUCCUAAGACUCUCACUCAAAUGUACACACACUUCCUGAUCCUUCAGACCAACAUCAAACAUGAGAAGGACUAUGAAAAGAACGUGACAGAUGAAGACAUGGUCCUCAAACUGGGGAAAGUGGCUUUUCAGCAGCUUGUGAAAGGCAAUGUGAUCUUCUAUGAGGAAGACCUGAGAGAGUGUGGCAUUGAUGCGACAGAAGCAUCAGUGUACUCAGGAUUGUGCACUCAGAUCUUCAAAGAGGAGUUUGGCUGGUAUCAGGGGAAAGUCUUCUGCUUUGUUCAUCUGAGUGUUCAGGAACAUCUAGCGGCUCUAUAUGCGCACCUCUCCUGUACAAACAACAACAGAGAUGUGUUUGACCCAAUCACCAAACAGAGUUUGAGGUCUAAAGUUAAGGAUUGGUUUCAACACAAUCCAUCAGAACAUGUUUCAUUAUCUGAGGUGCAUCAGAGAGCUGUGAAUGAGGCUCUACAGAGUAAAAAUGGACAUCUGGACCUUUUCCUGCGAUUUCUUCUGGGUCUGUCAGUGGAGUCUCAUCAGAUUCUCCUAAAAGAACUAAUGAAACAGAGAAGAAUCAGAUCUGACAGAAAUAGGAAAACAGUUGAGUACAUCAAGAAGAAGAUCAGCACCAUUGACUCUCUAGAGAAAUCCAUCAAUCUGUUCCACUGUCUGAAUGAACUGGGUGAUCAUUCACUAGUGGAGGAAAUACAACAUUAUCUGAAAUCUGAAAGAAUAAAGGAAGCCAAACUCUCUUCAUCUCAGUGGUCAGCUUUAGUCUUUGUGUUGUUGACAUCAGAGAAGAAGCUGGAUGAGUUUGAUAUUAAUACAUUUGUUGGAGGAAACAAUAAAGCUGAAAAACUGAAAGUUUAUCUGAAGCUGCUGCCUGUGAUUAAAGAAUCCAGAUCAGUUCAGUUGAGUGAUUGUGGUCUCACAGAUGAAGGUUGUGCUGCUCUGACUUCAGCUCUGAAAUCAAACCCCUCAAACCUGAGAGAACUAGAUCUGACACUGAAUAAAAUAGGAAAUUCUGUAAAUCAGCUGUCUGAUGUACUAAAGGAUCCUCACUGUAAACUGGAGAUACUACGGUUGUUUGAUUGUAGAGUCACAGAUGAAGGUUGUGCUGCUCUGGCUUCAGCUCUGAGAUCAAACCCCUCACACCUGAGAGAACUGAGUCUGUCUAAAAAUAAAAUAGGAGAAUCAGUGAAUCUGCUGUCUCAUGUACUACAGGAUCCUCACUGCAAACUGGAGAUACUGCGGUUGAGUAAGUGUGGAAUCACAUAUGAAGGUUGUGCUGCUCUGGCUUCAGCUCUGAGAUCAAACCCUUCACACCUGAGAGAACUGGAUCUGUCAUUUAAUAAAAUAGGAGAUUCAGUGAAUCUGCUGUCUCAUGUACUAAAAUAUCCUCACUGUAAACUGGAGAUAUUGUGGUUGUUUGAUUGUGAUCUCACAGAUGAAGGUUGUGCUGCUCUGGCUUCAGCUCUGAGAUCAAACCCCUCACACAUGAGAGAACUGAGUCUGUCUAGGAAUAAAAUAGGAAAAUCAGUGAAACGGCUGUAUUUUGUACUACAGAAUCCUCACUGUAAACUGGAGAAACUGCGGUUGUGGGAUUGUGGAGUCACACCUGAAGGUUGUUUGGCUCUGACUUCAGCUCUGAGAUCAAACCCCUCACACCUGAGAGAACUGAAUCUGUCUGGGAAUACAAUAGGAAAAUCAGUAAAUCUUCUCUCUGAUGUACUAGAGGAUCCUCGCUGUAAACUGGAGACACUGUGGUUCAGUAAGUGUGGAAUCAAAGAUCAAGGUUGUGCUGCUCUGGCUUCAGGUCUGAGAUCAAACCCCUCACACCUGAGAGAACUGGAUCUGUCUAGGAAUAAAAUAAGAAAAGCAGUGAAUCUGCUGUCUGAUGUACUAAAGGAUCCUCACUGUAAACUGGAGAAACUGCGGUUGAGGGAUUGUGGAGUCACAUAUCAAGGUUGUGCUGCUCUGACUUCAGCUCUGAGAUCAAACCCCUCACACCUGAGAGAACUGAAUCUGUCUGAGAAUAAAAUAGGAAAUUCAGUGAAUCUGCUGUCUGCUCUACUACAGGAUCCUCACUGUAAACUGGAGAUGCUGUGGUUGAGUUAUUGUGGUCUCACAGAUGAAGAUUGUGCUGCUCUGGCUUCAGCUCUGAGAUCAAACCCCUCACACCUGAGAGAACUGGAUCUAUCUGGGAAUAAAAUAGGAGAUUCAGGACGUAAACUGCUCACUGCUCUAAAGAAUUCUCCACAUUAUAAACUAGAGACACUGCAGUGUCUUUAACAACUAUGUACUGCUGGAAAUCUCAGAAGCAAAGACCAGGAGACUUGGAUGUAUCUUCAGCAGAUUCUUUAUUGAGAACACAUGCUGUUGGUCGCUGCAGUCAUCAAGUCUAACUAAGGCAGUGUACAUUGUAGUUUAUAUACAUACAUAUACAGAGACUAAGCACCUGGCUGAUGACCUUAAACAAAGCAUGCAAAUGAAGUAUUCAGGCCUGACAGCAACAUAGUGUCGGCCCAGAUCUGGCCCACAUCUGGUCCGUGUGUAAUCCAUAUGUACAAGAUGUGGGCCAGAUCUGGGCCACACUAUGUUGCUGUGUGGGAGGUAUAGGAACCCACCCCAGAGUGUAGAGUGUCACCAGUCCUAAUCCAAUCAGCAUAACUAUUCAAAGAAUGGGACAGGGGCUCCAAGAGCCAUUAACGACAAACGGUGAGAAUCUCAGUAAUCUGAUUCAUUAGAUAUACAAUAAAGAGAACAGGAACUGGCAGGAAACUCUUGCUGGAAACUUUGCUAAACAGAAUCAUUCAUCUGAUGUCAUCGUCUUUACCUUAAAAUGCUAAAUACAAUGUACUUCACCUUAGUAUUUCAUGUGAUGUUAUGUCAGGACAUAGGAUCAACAGAUCUUAAACAGAUUCUUAAAUUUGUAAUCCCACAGUCCCCCCUUUGAGAGUUCUAAUAACUCACAUAAUACAAAUUUAAACCUUCUUAAAUCCCUUCUAUAACCUAUGUUUGUUAACAUAAGUCCCAACUUCCAGUCAUGCAACUUGUAACAGUUACAGGCACAUACAUAUUAUUCUGUGUCAUGUCCAUUUACAUUUACAUAAGUGUUGAUCUUUUACUUGAGAAACUGCUGACACACAUAUACAAUGCAGGGUGGUAACAUGUUGUAUAAACUACAUGAUGACACAGAAAACCAUGUAACAUAAGCAUGGAUGUCCUAAAAGUCCAUGGCGCCUGAAUAGCUAUGGAGUCUGUUCCCCUUAGGGUCCAUUUCCAAUGCAUUUCCAUGUCUGUUCCAAGUUGCUCAGAUGACUCUGUCGUUAUGAAGGCUGUUCAUGGAUAUCUGAGGUGAUGCUUUACACCAGGUGCUGCUUAUGAGCCGUCAUGGCAUAUACACAUACCUGCAACACAAGAAAACAAAGAAAACAGCAGACCAACAGUAUUCAUGCAUAGACUUUAGUACGUUAGACCUCUGAUGAUCGCAUACACUGUUAAAAAUAAAUGUAAAUUUACAGGUAACGGUCUGUUUUUUUUUUCUCUCUCUCGUUUUGUCAUUAUACAAUGAAACCCCUGUUGUUUUACAGAUGUUUGCUGUAUUUUAAUUUCCACUAUUAAAUUUACAGGGAAUUGCAUGUAUUUUAGUAUUACACUGUUAAAAAUAAAUGUAAAUUUAC